CCUCAACAACUUCCCAACUCUCUUUCUGGACGAUAACCCUUUUACUCUUUUUUUUUUUUUUAAUAUAUAAUUAUUUUGAUUAUAUGUUUUUAGACGUAAAUCUUGAUGUGGGCAUUUGUUAAACCUUGAUGUUCUGUUGUGAAGUUAUAGAAUUUGGGAUAAAGUUUUGAGCUUUAUAGCCUUUAGAGGGUUUUCAAGAUUGUUUGACGUGAAUCUUGAUGUGGGCUGUUGUUAAAACUUGUUUUUGUGUUAGAAAAGUAUAGAAUUUAGACUAAAGGUUUAAGCUUUUUAGCUUUUAGGUGUGUCCAAGAUUAUUCUAGUGCUAAAAGUUUUUUUUUAUUUACCACUGCAUACAUGAAUCUUGAUUUGUGUGUAAUUUGAAAAAAAAUAGAACUUGAUAUCUUUGUUUGUGUGUAAGAAUAGUUGCAGGCUGUGAAGUGUAAGAUUUUGAUUUUUUUUUAGGACUAAGUGUGUGCAAGAUUUGUUAGUGGAGUGUACAAAUGUUGUUAUGAUUCAAGAUGGCAUAUGUGGAACUAAGAGAAUAUUGUAGAAUUGUAUGUAUUUGGUGUGAUCUUUAUGAAGCUAUAGGUGGAUGAUAAUGGACAAUUCAUCUGAAUCUAAUUGGCAGAGGUCUGGUAGUUCUAGGGGGUUGAAUUCUUCUGCAGUUUCUAGUCGAAAUCCUAGGAGAAUUCCAGCUAAUACCGUUAGGUUAUCGGGUGAUACCGAUCAUGAUUCUGGAAACUUAGCUGGUAGAAGAAGAGAAAAAGGUGUGUUGGGUCAGUUUAAUAGGGUUGGAACGCAUUUCGGUUACUUUAGGGAAGGUGAUGGUGCGGUUAUUCGACCAGUUGAAGUUAAAGAUGUUAGUUUAAGACAGUGGUUAGAUAACACCGAACGAGUUGUUGAUGCAAUUGAAUGCUUGCAUAUAUUUAUGCAGAUAGUUGAAAUAGUGAAUUUGGCCCAUUCCAAAGGAUUUGUUGUCCAUAAUGUUAGACCCUCGUGUUUUGUCAUGUCGUCAUUUAAUCGUGUAUCGUUUAUAGAAUCAGUGUCUUGCUCAGAUUCUGGUUCGGAUUCUUGUGAAGAUGAACCAAACCACAUCACAGCUGAGUAUAUGGGAUUGGCUAGAAACUUUUCCCUAAAGUUAUUGGGAAACACUUGGUUGCAGUCAGGUUCUGAUAAUUUGGAGGCUGGUAAUGUUGAACAAGCAGAAGAAAAGAAAAAUCGAUUCCCAAUGAAACUAAUAUUGCAAAUGGAAACCAAUUGGUACACGAGUCCGGAGGAGACUGCUGGUGGUCCAAGUACCAGUGCUUCGGAUGUUUAUCGAUUAGGGGUUCUUCUUUUUGAGUUAUAUUGCAUAAGUAGUUCAGCAGAAGAAAAGAAUGCAACUAUGUCUAGCCUUAGACAUCGUGUCUUUCCUCCUCAACUGUUAUUAAAGUGGCCUAAAGAAGCCUUAUUUUGCUUGUGGUUACUGCAUCCUGAGCCUGCCAGUCGGCCAAAAAUGGAUGAAGUGCUGCAAAGUGAAUUUCUCAAUGAACCUAGAGAUAACUUAGUCGAGCGAGAAGCAGUUGUUGAGCUUAAAGAAAAGAUUGAGGAACAAGAGUUAUUGCUGGAAUUUCUUUUAAUGCUCCAACAACGAAAGCAAGAAGCUGCAGAUAACUUGCGAAGGACUGUUUCAUUUCUAUCUUCUGAUUUGCAGGAGGUUACGAAAUUACAGACAGCUAUUCGUGAAAAACGAGGUUUGCCAUCAAAUGCUGGAGAUUCACCUUUGGGUUUUAUAUCUACCAAUAAUGAUGAUUCUGCAAGUUCGGGAUCCAAAAAACGUAUCAGAAAUUCAGAAGCUUCCAGUAGUCUUCAAAGUGAGCAUGGAGAAGAAAAUUCCAAUUUUAAAAGUUCUCGAUUGAUGAAAAACUUCAAGAAACUAGAAUCAGCUUACUUUCUGACUAGACGCAGGGCAUUCAAACCAUUACCCAAACCAUUGCCUAGAAAUACACCAUUGAGUAGUGAUGGUAAAGGAUCAGCUGUUCUUACAGAAAGAAGUUCUGCUAGUAAUUUUCUACCAAGAGAUCGGCUUCCCGAAAGUAAGCAAAGUGGAUGGAUCAACUCCUUCUUGGACGGUUUAUCUAAAUAUUUGUCUUUUAGGAAUCUGCGAGUCAAGGCAGAUUUAAAACAAGGUGAUCUCUUGAAUUCGUCCAAUCUUGUAUGUUCACUGGAUUUUGAUCGGGAUGGAGAAUUCUUUGCAACAGCCGGGGUUAAUAAGAAAAUUAAAGUUUUUGAGUACGAAUCAAUCCUGAACGAGGACCGCGACAUACAUUACCCGGUUGUUGAAAUGUCGAGUAGAUCUAAGCUAAGCAGUAUAAGUUGGAAUAACUACAUCAAAGGCCAGAUUGCUUCAAGCAAUUUCGAAGGUGUAGUACAGAUAUGGGACGUUACACGGAAUCAAGUACAUUUGGAGUUCAAAGAGCAUGAGAGACGUGUGUGGUCUGUGGACUUCUCCUCUGCAAACCCGACAUUGCUGGCUAGCGGGAGCGAUGACGGUUCUGUUAAGCUUUGGAAUAUAAAUCAGGGAAACAGUGUUGGUACCAUUAAAACGAAGGCCAAUGUCUGCUGUGUUCAGUUUCCAUCUACCUCUGGCAAUACUUUGGCAUUUGGUUCAGCUGAUCACAGGAUCUAUUAUUAUGAUCUCCGCAACCCGAGUGUGCCACUUUUUACAUUAGUUGGGCACAACAAAACUGUGAGUGAUGUUAAAUUUGUGGAUUCAUCGACUCUUGUAUCGUCAUCCACGGAUAACACGUUGAAGCUGUGGGAUCUAUCAGAGUCCACAUCACAAGUUAUUGACUGUCCGAUUCAGUCAUUCACAGGCCACAUGAAUGUAAAGAACUUUGUUGGUUUAUCCGUAUCUGAUGGUUACAUCGCUACUGGUUCAGAAACAAACGAGGUAUAUGUGUAUCACAAAGCUUUCCCGAUGCCUGCAUUGUCGUAUAAAUUCAACACCACAGAUCCAAUAUCAGGAGAUGAAGUGGACGACUCUGAACAAUUCAUCUCAUCUGUAUGUUGGCGUAGUCAGUCCUCUACUUUGGUUGCUGCUAAUUCCACGGGAAAUAUUAAGCUCCUGGAAAUGGUUUAAUUACUACCAAACAUAAAAAACCGAAAGGAGGAGCAUAUAUCUGUGAUUCUGCAUAGCCAUUUUCGUGUUUCACAUAGGAAGGUGUAUAGAGACAGAAAUUUUGAUUAUGCUGAUCCGUGAUCUCGUGUAUUGUAGAUAAAUUUUUAGUAGACAAAGGAAGAAACUGGGAGUCCCUCCUGUAUAUUUAGCAACUGUUUACCAUUCAGAAUCUUUUGGUAAUAUAUAUUAGAAUGCACGAACAUGAAGGCCAUUCGAAAUUA